UUCCUCCUCCUGCACUCAGCAUCUCAGGCCGCUCCAGGAGGGCUCCCUUCUGAUUACCGCACGAAAAGCCGCCGGGCCAGCAGAUAACCGGUGUUUUUCAUCAGUUGAUCUCCAAGAACUAUACGAAGGAGACUACAAUGAAUGUGGAACAUGAAAUUAACCUCUUAGUUGAGGAGAUUCGGCGGCUGGGGACCAAAAAUGCUGAUGGAAAGCUGAGUGUGAAGUUUGGUGUGCUCUUUGCUGAUGAAAAAUGUGCCAACCUCUUUGAAGCCCUAGUUGGCACUCUUAAGGCUGCAAAACGAAGGAAGAUUGUUACUUACCCAGGAGAGUUACUUUUACAAGGUGUUCAUGACAAUGUUGAUAUUUUGUUACUGCAGGAUUAAUGCAGUUUGCACUUCUCCUGUGUAUUAAUUAAUUUGUUUCAGGUAAAUGAUAUGCAGGCAUUUCAGAUCAAGGCAAAUCAUCCUAGCGUGUUUUGAUGUAUUUUUCUAUAACUUUAUACUAAAAAGGAGACUGUCGUGUUUUGGAAAAUAUUCCUUUUUGUAUUCCUUCUGUGAACAUUACUGUAAAUGAUUGUAAGGUAAAGGACACAAAAAUCUCUCUUUUUAUCUCAGGUAAUGCAUUUUUUAAAUGUAUCUCUCAGUUAUUGUCACCAUGAAAGAAGAGACAGAACCGGUAACUUAUCUGUGUUUACAAACCAAAAUCUGCAGUGAAAGUAUAAAAUAAAACAUGCCUAAAUG